AACAAGAAGAAGAAUAUAUACAUACAUACAUAUAUAUAUAUAUAUAUUACAUAUAUAACUAGCUCUACUCUAGAUAUAAUUGGGUUAAUUCCAAUUUUUCCCCGAAAUUAAAGCUUGCCGGAAGCAUGCCCGAAAUGGAGGCUGGAGAGAACAAGAGCUCUGGCAAAGGGACAUUCGAUCGUCACAACACGGUAAGUUAUGUGUCGGAGAUAGAAGGAGUAGAGGAAGACUCAAAGGAGGGCAAUAAUAUAACGUCCAGUGGCCUGCCUCUUGCAUCCAUCAAGGAAGACAUCGAUCACAUUAGUUUGUGUUCUUAUGGCUCCCGAGGUUCGGAAGACUGCGUCUAUGUAGGAGUCGGGAAGAGUGAGUCGAGCAUGGACGCCCUGACAUGGUCGCUCAACCAUGCCAUUGGUUCCGGCCAGUCCACCACCGUCUACCUCGUCCAUGUAUUUCCUGAGAUCCGCUAUAUUCCAUCUCCUCUGGGGAAUCUACCGGUAAGCCGAGUGAACCGAGAGCAGCUGGAGAGCUUCAUGGCACAAGAAAGAGGCAAGAGGAGAGAACUCCUCCAGAAUUUCCUAAACUCAUGCCAUGCCUCCAAGGUUAAGGUGGACACAAUGCUCAUAGAAAGUGAUAUGGUGGCAAAGGCAAUCCUAGACCUCAUUCCUGUUCUCAACAUCAAGAAGCUUGUUGUCGGAACCCCCAAAUCCAAUCUCAGGAAGCUGAGGGCACGAAAGGGAAAUGGGAUUGCUGAUCAGAUACUACAGAACAUACCGGAGAGCUGCAAUCUAAAAAUUAUAUGCGGAGGAAAUCAAGUAGUGUUGGAUCAACUGACCGUUAAUAAUUGUCAGACGUCAUCCCCACCAUCGCGGUCUCAGUCUCCACGCGAUGUCGGCAAUGGUGAUAAAACCAAACCUGGACAAGAAGGGAUGGGAUCCACUAAUGGUGCUAUUUCCUGCAUGUGUUUCAGAUCAAAUAAGUUCGUAUGAUCGUAUGUGCCAGUCUAAUUAUUCUAAAGCUGAAGCGACAAGCGGGGAUAGCUCAGUUGGGAGAGCGUCAGACUGAAGAUCUGAAGGUCGCGUGUUCGAUCCACGCUCACCGCAUUUUGUAUAUUUUAAUUUUGGUUUUUUUAUCCCCCUUUUCUUGCCCUUUUCUCUGCUUUUGCUUUCUUUGGGUUUUAUUUCUGCAACUGCAUUAACGAACUAACCGAUAAACGCUAAGUCGUAUAGGUCAAAAGGCUGUCGAGAUAUUUCGGAAUUCCAAAAUCAGUUGUUCAUACUGACGUUUCCCGAUCAAUCAAA